AUGUUACGGGCCGUAUUCCUGCGUCCAGUAUAUGGACCGUCCGUAUAUGGACCGUAUCGUUCGACCUGUGUUACAGUGUAUUCCUCCCCUAUAUCAUUAGACAUUGAUGGUUCCGUAAUGGAGAAUUUAUCAAUAACUGAAGAUGUGAUUAUCGGAUCUCACUCGAAGACAACUGAAUAUGACAAAAAUGGAUUUGAAGUUGACUACACAGAACCCAUACCACGUUUUUCUGUUAGUUCUCCAACUUCAGUGCAAGAAGGCGUGGAUUAUCUGCAUGAAAAUGGUUAUGCCGUCUUUAGCAAUGUUUUAAGUGACGAUGAAAUAAAAACAAACAAAGAUUUAUUAUGGGAGUUUCUAGAGCAAUUACCCAAUAGUCACAUUAAAAGAGAUAAACCUGAAACAUGGAGUGAUAAUUGGCCAGGUAUGUCAUAUACGGGAAUUUUGUACGAUCAAGGAAUUGGACAAUCCAAAUUUGUCUGGAGCGUUCGAAAUAAUCGAAAUAUCAAAAAAGUAUUCUCAGACAUUUGGCAAACAAAUGAAUUACUAGUUUCAUUCGAUGGAGCAGGAUGUUUUCGGGACUGGUCUUACGAUGACUCUUGGAAAACAAGCAACGGCUGGAUUCAUGUCGACCAACACCCAAUUAAAAAGCCGAAUCAGUGUUGUGUACAAGGUCUUGUGGCCAUAACUGAUAAUGAUGAAUCGACUGGUGGCCUUAUUGUUUAUCCAAAAUCGCACCACCGUUUUUCUGAAUUAGUGGGUCUGAUUCCACCUUGGGAUGUUGGUCAUGAUUAUGUCAAAAUUCAACCCGAACAUCAAAUUUUAAAACAAAUCAAUUCAUCUGAAAAAAUCGUCUUCAAACUAGUCAAAUGUAAAGCUGGCGAUCUUGUUGUAUGGGAUAGUCGUGUCAUUCAUUGUAAUACACCGGCAUUUAAAAUACCAUCCCACAAGAUGAAAUAUGAUUUAAUAAGAAUUGUUGCGUAUGUUAGUAUGAGUCCGACAUCGUUUGUUAGUGAAGGUCAAAACUAUAAGACAUUAGAUGAGUUUCGAAAAUUACGAAAAAAAUGUGUCAUCAGUAAUUGUACUACAACACAUUGGAGUCAAGAGUUACAUAUUGCAAGUGAUGCUCCAAAUAUUCCAAAGUUUUCUAUCAAAAACUUGAAUUCUUAUCAACGUUCGUUAAUUAUUGGAACAAACGCUGAGGAUGACAGUGAGAAUCUAAGUGAGCAAACAGGGAUGAGAAAUUGAACAAAGAUUUGACUAUUUCAUAGCUACUUUUCUUUGAACUUAGCGCAGACUAACGGUAUUGUUUUCGCAUUUUGACUUUACAACAAUACCAAGAUGUUUUGUCUCUAAAAAUCUUGUCAAUCUUGUAUCAAAAGCAUGUUAAGAAAGGUAUGGAUUUUUGCAAGCACAUGAAAUAAAUUUCAACUUAAAAAAGAAAAUAGUUGACAGGAAGAUCGUGCGCCGGAGAAAGUAAUAGCAUACAAAACAAGAGGGAUGUACGCCAUUCUACAUCUCCUUCUGUGAGCCUAGCGACAAACGAAGAAAGCACGAAAUAUACCGAAGAAAGAAACAAAAUUCUUUACUCAAUUGUACCAGUUGUUAUAACAUUCCAUAUCAAUCAUUGCAUAGAGAAAACAUAGCAGUCUUUUAUACAACAGUACGUACGAUAAACUAGUUCUACUUCAAUCUACGGUAUCAUUAUAUGAGUGCAAAGAUCUAUCGGAUUUCAGAAAACAGUACAGUAGUAGAUGAAGAAACCUUGACCAUUCUGUUCGUUUUGUAUCAUCAACAAUAUUUUCUAUCUCAUGUGGAGCAUUCUGUGCGCAUUAUGAAACAAAAUGAAGACAAAAAUUCUCCAUUACAAUUUUGCGCACUGCUGAUAAUUAUAACAAAUAAUACAAUUGACUUAAACUAAUGUUUUCAUAACACUUACAAAUACAAUGUCGAUGCGGUGUUUCAAAUUCUAGAUAAGCGCUACAAUAAGCGUAACGAAUUCACAUUUUCUCCGCUUCUGACUGUAAUUCUCAGUCAAUUUAAAAGAUAAGGUCUUAAAUUCUCAUUAAUUCUGUCUAACACCGUGCUCGGUAAUCUCUAACAUUACGGUUAAGUUUGGACGUAUGGUUUGAGUUUUAUCAGAAAAAUAUCGACCAUUAGGGAAUCACGAUAACUGGAAUGACUAAUCCGAAACAAUUAAAAUUUGUCGAAAACUCAGCUAAUCUCCGUUCUUUACGUUUGCUGGCAAUGUAGUCCAUAGGCUAUCGAUUACGAAAAUGUUUUUUCUAGUUCCGAAAUUGACGCUUUAAUAGCUAAAAUGUCAUCGUUAUAGAAUCACGCAUUUUAUCAAUAACUCGCAAUUCUAUGUUCACCCUCAAGAAUGAGCGAGAGUUAAAUUAAAUGACAUUAUCAUGAUCCCAAAACAUUUCUUUAUUUAAUCGAGUUACCAGAAACUGGUCAACUGAGACUUUCGUCACCUAUACUUUCGUCAUUGACCAAAGUUUUGUCGGACUCUCGCCAAUAACCAAAGUUUUGCAUGAUUUUCGUCAAUUAGCCAAAGUUUUGUGUAACUUCCGUCAACUGACCAAAUAAGGCUAUCACUGAUGAGGCUGGGCUGAAGCUGUACUUUUGUCGUGACAUACAGAUCUUCAACAAAGUCGAAAAAGGUACUCUUUUCCGGUAAAUUUCACUCAACUCUCGAAGAUACAACCACAGUUUCAUCAGUGAUCGAAGUAAGGCGAAUUUUGGUCAGCUGACGAAAGAUUUUUAUAUAAUUAUCUUCAUAGAGAACUACUUUGUCAGUGUCGCAGUUGUUACACAGUGAAAUCUCUUUUCGCUAUAUUGUUUUAAGAUCAUAUUCAUCUUUUACAACGGCGGCAUCAUAUUUCGUAGCGGAGCGGAAGCAAACCCCUUCUCCUAACAAACACAGUUAAAGUUCACAGCCGCGUUUUCUACUGUCAAAAGCUGAAGUUCUAGAUCUCUUAUCGAUUAAGUGCGAUAGCGGAUGAGUCAUGUAGUGUACAAUAUAAAUUAUCUACGAUAUUUGCUUUUUGAGGACUUUUGGCGCUCAGCAAUGUCAGCGGCAGUGUAGUUUCUGAAAUUCUUUUUUUGAUUAUUAGUAGUACUCAAGUCACCCUAUCAACUGUCGUACUUCAACAGAGCAGACGACGUGCACUCUUGACGCCGGAAGCGAUCACAGUUCGGGAAAAACGAAAGCCGUUCGAGAAAGGCGAAAUUCAUGCGAGAUAACAUAGCUAUAAGAACAUCAUAUUUUUAUAGUUAAACAAUGUAUUUUAAUUGUUCUAUUAUUCUAAUUAAAAUUUAUUAUCUCUUUUGAAUUUGCUACUUUGUCUAAUUUUAUUAUCUCUUUUGAAAUACUAAGAUUUGUUGUCUCAAUUUAAACGUCAGAGUUUAUUAUCUCUUUUAAAACUACAUUUUAUUGUCUCUUUUGGGUACAUUCAGUUUAUUAUCUCAUAUGGAGAUGAGGUGAGCCCUCUAAG